UUAGCAGUUUCUAUUUACUAAAAUAAUGGCAUUUCCAUGUUGUGUGUACUGUGGGAGAGCGAAUAUAGGGAACGCAGGGUCCGGGAGAGCAGAUGUAGUGAAUGCGGGGUCCGGGGAGAGCGGGAUGUAGUGAAUGCGGGGUCCGGGGAGAGCGGAUGUAGUGAAUGCGGGGUCCGGGGGAGCGGAUGUAGUGAAUGCGGGGUCCGGGGGAGAGCGGAUGUAGUGAAUGCGGGGUCCGGGGAGAGCGGAUGUAGUGAAUGCGGGGUCCGGGGAGAGCGGAUGUAGUGAAUGCGGGGUCCGGGGAGAGCGGAUGUAGUGAAUGCGGGGGGAGAGCGGAUCCGGGGGAGAGCGGAUAUAGUGAAUGCGGGGUCCGGGGAGAGCGGAUAUAUAGUGAAUGCGGGGUCCGGGGAGAGCGGAUAUAGUGAAUGCGGGGUCCGGGGAGAGCGGAUAUAGUGAAUGCGGGGUCCGGGGAGAGCGGAUAUAGUGAAUGCGGGGUCCGGGGAGAG